AUGCAACAUGUGACACUGUCCGGUUUCCUCAAUUUUAUUGAUGGUCUAUGGUCUAGUUGUGGCGAUGAACGGAUUAUAAUUUUCACAACAAAUCAUAAAGAGAAGCUCGACCCCGCGUUGCUACGCCCCGGUCGAAUGGAUGUGCACAUCCACAUGUCUUAUUGCUCCCCCUCUGGGUUCAAAGUUCUAGCUGACAAUUAUCUUGGUAUCAAAGACCAUGAGCUUUUCGGAGAGAUUGAGGAAUUGAUUCAAACGGCGGAGGUGACACCGGCAGAGGUAGCCGAGCAGCUAUUGAAAGACGACGAUUACGAGCAUGAUGCUGCACUCAGUGGCCUUAUAAAUUUCCUCCAUGUGAAGGAGAAGGAAAAUGAAGAAGCCAAGGCCAAGAAAGCAGAACAAGAAUCAACCAAGGAGGAGAGUGAACAAGAAGAUGAGAGUGAUAAGGAAGAGAAAGAAGAGAAACAAACCAGGAUAAUUAAAGUGUGAGCUGGUAAAGUAAAUUGAGACGAUAGGAGUCUUGUUAAGUAAUAAUUUCUAUGAUGUCUACGAAAGAGGUGUCAAGCAGCUUGAGAUGGGCUUUCAUUGGUCAUGGUUACCUUUUGUAUUCAAUUCAUUGUAUUUGCUUUCUUCCUUAUGAUAAUGUUACUUAGACUUCAAAAUAUUAAAAUUCAC